AAACGACACCCGCUAUACAAGCCCGCACGCAACGAUGCCGUCGGCCAGGAUCCUCAACCGAUUCCUCGUCCGAUCGGAAAUAUCCUCCUUGUGUCUACGAUUGACGAAUCAAAUUCUUUUCGAUUCCUUUCAAACGCUUUCCCUCGCUGUCUCUCAUGGUUUGCUCGUUGCUUCGUUGACGUGAUCUCCCAAGUUUAUCGAACGAGACAUGAAAGAGACGCGGAUUCGCGAAGAUCAAUCCGGGAUAACGGUCGAUUCGAGAUUUCUCUUCGCCGCCGGUUCUCCAAGUUCGAGAGAAGCCGCAGAACUCGCGUACCAUUAAAUAUUUGCGUACAUCAUCCUCUCUCGCGUUCGUUUAUCGUUGACGUUUCCGCGUUUAUCUCGAAUGCGCGUCGUUAGCCCGAGGCGAUACACGCUGACCCAAAACCGACCCCGUGACUCCCCGAUAAAGUCCCCUGGAACACUGGCCGGAUCACUGGGAGCGGACCACGCGAACCGAUCUCUCUCUCUCCCCAUUAGUGCUCGUCGAUUCGACCAGCGAGAACGUUCACGGGCGACUCAAAUCCGCCGACAAUCGAAAAUGUUAUUUCUAAUACUCACGGCGUGUCUCCUCGCCGUGUCUCACGCCGGAUGUCCCAUGAGGCCGACGGUGGAACAAACUUCCACAAGCAGAACAGCGGGAGACGGUGGCUACCGAAUUCUCGUCAGCGGACAGAGAGAGGACAGAUACAUCCCGAAUGCAAUUCAUACGAUUAGUCUGCAAGGCUCGCAAACGCACGAGAGGCUGCAACAAUUCACGCGUUUCACGCUCACGGUGCACUCGCAGCAUGCGCCGAACAAUCCCUUAGCCCACGUUGGUUACUUCCAGCUAUUUUCGGAUUCUUUGACUACUUUCAACGAAGAUUGUAUUAACACGGUCUCCGAGGCAAAUAAUUAUCCAAAGUCCGAGAUCCAAGUAAUGUGGCGGGCGCCUCAGGCCGGCUCCGGAUGUGUCAUUUUCACUGCGAUGGUCUUGGAGAACAAUGUACGAUGGUACGCGGAAGAUGGUACCCUUAUCAAGACGGUUUGCGAAUCGACAGACGCGGAAAUUGAAGUUGCAAACGAUACCAGAUGUUGCGCUUGUGACGAAGCAAAGUACUCUUUAACUAUGGAGGGCAUCUGGUCGAAUAGAACUCACCCGAAGGACUUUCCGUUUUCUAUCUGGUUGACUCACUUCAGCGACCUUAUCGGUGCAUCGCAUGAGCCAAAUUUUUCUUUCUGGGGUAAAGAUCACAUCGCGACCGACGGUUUUCGCCAGCUGGCCGAGUGGGGUUCCGCAACGGGCGUGGAAGCGGAAUUGAGAGAGCAAUCCAGACACCUUAGAACGCUUAUUAAAGCCGCCGGUCUUUGGUAUCCUAAUGUCAAUUCUAAUACAACGACAAGCUUUAGGGUAGAUCGACAGCACCCUCUUCUCUCGGUGGCUUCGAUGCUGGGACCAUCUCCGGACUGGGUUGUAGGAGUGAGCAAACUGAAUCUUUGUCAGAAAGACUGCACCUGGGCGAAGACUAUGAUAAUCGAUCUUUAUCCUUGGGACGCCGGUACCGACAACGGCAUCAGUUACAUGUCGCCAAAUUCCGAGACGAAGCCACGCGAGAAGAUGAAGCCGAUAACGACGUUUUAUCCGGAAGACCCGCGAUCACCGUUUUACGAUCCCUCUGGCAGAUCCAUGCAUCCACUGGCCAGACUGUAUUUAAACAGGGAUAAAAUUAUCCCCCGCGGAUGCAGCGAGGAACUUUUGCAGCAGCAAGUAACCGAGUUGGAAGUGGCUGAGAACACCGAGGACACGUCAAGACCGGAGUGCCAGACAACGGAUUAUUCGCUCUGGUCGUCGUGUUCAGUCACCUGCGGUAAAGGUUUAAGAAUGCGCACGAGGUCAUAUAGAAUGCCGGAGAAAGCCGUUAUGUUCAACUGUAACAGACAAUUGGUUUCGAAGGAGAUGUGUGUCGCGUCUAUUCCCGAAUGCUCGGGAGAAGAGGAGAACGACGACGACGUAAUCUUGCCACGGAGUGACGAUCCGCUUUGCGAGACCACCGAAUGGAGCGAAUGGUCCGAGUGCUCGAACACCUGCGGAAUCGGCUUAAAAAUGCGAACGAGACGGUUCCGCGAUCGUCGCGGUCGCAAACGGUGCCCGCUCGUGUCGCUCGUCGAGAAGGAGAAGUGCAUGGAGCCACCGUGCCAGGAGGGCGCGGAGGAGCAGCUCGAUCCUGUGUGCAAGGUGACGGACUGGUCCGACUGGUCGCCGUGCAGUGCUUCCUGCGGCAAGGGUGUGAAACUGAGGACCAGGCUGCUGAUGGUCGACCCGUCGCUGCAGACCGAAUGCUCCUCGCGCGUGGAAUUGCUCCAGCAGCGGCCGUGUCUUAUUCAGUCGGACUGUACUUUCGACAUGGCAACUGCAAAGGUCGUCUGCAUGGAAGACGCAGAUCCCGGCCCGUGCAGGGGCUACUUCCAGAGGUGGGCUUUCAACCCGCAGAAAUUAAUGUGCGUGCCCUUCGUGUACGGCGGAUGCCGCGGCAAUCGGAAUAAUUUCCUCACGUCGGACGAGUGCGGCAGUACCUGCGGUGUCGUGCGAGCUGUCCUUACCGGUCAGCCCUUUAACGCGACUAUAAAUCAAGAUCGAAUAUCUACGGACUCGUUGAAUCCUCCACCUCCUCCUGUGGAUUGCUUGGUAACCCGUUGGUCAAAUUGGUCACCGUGCAGUGUCACUUGCGGCGUUGGCCGUGCCACGAGUUACCGUAUCAUCGAGCGGGAAGCUGAAAAUGGUGGCCGUCCCUGCCCGACGAAGCUGCAUCGUCGUUAUCGUUGCGAGCUGCCGCCGUGCGAGUGAUACAUCGAGAAGAGGAAUGUAUCUACAUUUUGCAGUGACAUUUAAAUUAGGAUAUAUGUAGUAGAUUAAGGAUUAUACUCAGGCAAAGGAUGUAUCAAAAAAGAAAUUGUUUAAUUGCAUUUGCAAAGAGAUAAAUCUCUGUAAAUUUUAAUCUUAGAAUGUACGAAAUCUAAGCCAUAUACAAAAAUGCACAAUGUUUUAAAAUGAAUUAUUGUAUCCCGUGCAUAAUUUGAUUAUUUCUUAUAUUUUUUUCGCCUGCGCAAUUCUUAUUCUAUGUCAAAAGAUGCUAAGGUAACGAAGAAAUAUAGCUUGAUUUUAAAAUAUUUAAUUAUUAAAAACAUUUACUGAGGAUUUAUAUCAUAUAUUUUACUUUACUUUGAACAUUCAAAUUAAUAUUUUUAUUCAAAUUAAUCACUGUCUUUAUAGAUACACUAUGUACAUUAUUGUUAUUUGCCUUCUUUUAAAUUAAUCGUGUUAUAAACGCGAUAUAUACUAUGUUCUAUUUGCCUUAUAAACUGCUCAAUGCGAAAUUUGCCCUUUUUUUCUUUCCCUUAAAUUCUCUCUUUCUGAUAAAAUUCAUGUUCUAUCAAAUACGUAAAGUACGCGAACUAUUAAAAUGCAAUAUUUUAAA